CCCCAUCUCACUUCACCUUGGGGAAGCCCCAAACUUGCAAAAGCAUUAGAACUACAAAGAAACGUCCUCCAUCUCCUAAUUGUACUGCCACUACUUUUGCCAUGCCUCUCCACUCCAUAGCACCGAAACCGGAAAAUUUCCCUGCCACUCCCUCGCCGGACGCCACUCCUCUAUCGCCAUCGCCUUCAGAGAUGUCCCAGCCCCCAACACCACCCCUUGACGGCACGGCUGUCCUGGCUUACCCGGUUCAGCCCAAUAUCAAUAGCCAAUCUCUUAUUCAAGUAGCCACGUUUCCAAUAACUCUAAAGUUUGAGGAGGUUGUGUACAAGGUUAAGGUGGAGCACAAAGGAGGAUCUUCGUGGUGUGGCGGGACGUGGAGCACGCAGGAGAAGACCAUCCUCAAUGGGGUGACCGGGAUGGUCUGCCCUGGCGAAAUCCUGGCGAUGCUGGGACCGUCGGGCAGUGGCAAAACCACCCUCCUUACUGCCCUCGGGGGCCGCCUCUCGGGCAAGCUCUCAGGCAAGAUCACUUACAACGGGCAGCCCUUCUCGGGUUCGGUCAAGAGGCGGACGGGUUUUGUGACCCAGGAUGAUGUCCUCUACCCUCACCUCACUGUCCUCGAGACCCUCCUCUUCACGGCCCUCCUGAGGCUUCCCAAUAGCCUCAACCGGGAUGAGAAGCUCCGCCACGUGGAAGGAAUCAUCUCUGAGCUCGGGCUGGGCCGUUGCCAGAACAGCAUGAUUGGUGGGCCCCUCUUCCGUGGUAUAUCCGGUGGCGAGAAGAAGCGGGUCAGCAUCGGGCAGGAGAUGAUCAUAAACCCGAGCCUGCUCCUCCUCGACGAGCCCACCUCAGGAUUGGACUCGACCACUGCACAGAGGAUCAUAAACACUGUGAAGCGGCUCGCUGCUGGUGGGAGGACCGUCGUGACCACCAUCCACCAGCCCUCGAGCCGCCUAUACCACAUGUUCGACAAGGUUGUCCUGCUUUCAGAGGGCAGCCCUAUCUACUAUGGGCCUGCAUCGACAGCCUUGGACUAUUUCUCCUCCAUCGGCUUCUCCACCUCGAUGACAGUCAAUCCUGCUGACCUCUUGCUCGACCUUGCCAAUGGACUCAGCCCUGACUCAAAAAAUGCGAUUGAUCAAGUCGAGAGCACGGACCAGGAGAAGAAGGCUGUCAGGGACACACUCCUAUCUGCAUACGACAAGAACAUCUCCACCAGGCUAAAAGCCGAGCUCUGCACAAUCGACGUGAGUAGCUACACCUUCGUAAAAGGGCGUGAUACGAGGUCUGAGCAGUGGUGCACGAGCUGGUGGCAUCAAUUCAAGGUCCUUCUACAGAGGGGAUUGAGGGAGCGGAGAUUCGAAUCCUUUAAUCGGCUUAGAAUCUUCCAAGUCAUAAGUGUCGCUGUAUUGGGAGGGCUCUUAUGGUGGCACACUCCGACUUCUCACAUUGCAGAUCGCAUUGCCCUGCUCUUCUUCUUCUCGGUCUUCUGGGGCUUCUACCCGCUCUACAAUGCAGUCUUCACCUUCCCGCAGGAGCGGAGGAUGCUACUUAAGGAAAAGAACUCAGGGAUGUACCACCUCUCCUCCUACUUCAUCUCCCGUACAGUUGGGGACCUUCCUCUUGAGCUCGCCCUCCCAACAGCCUUCGUCUUUAUAAUCUACUGGAUGGGCGGACUGAGGCCCGACCCUAUCACAUUUAUCCUCUCCCUCCUCAUUGUCCUCUACUCCGUGCUAGUCUCCCAGAGCCUGGGCCUGGCCUUCGGUGCAAUCCUAAUGGAUGUGAAGCAGGCGACAACCUUAGCCUCUGUCACAACGCUCGUGUUCCUCAUUGCCGGAGGUUACUAUGUUCAACAGAUCCCCCCGUUCAUCGAGUGGCUCAAGUACUUGAGCUACAGUUACUACUGUUACCGGCUCCUCCUAGGUGUUCAGUACAACGAGGAUGAUCACUACGAGUGCUCAAAGGGGCAGUUCUGUCGUGUUGGGGACUUCCCCCCGGUCAAGGCCGUGGGACUGAACAACUUGUGGAUCGACGUGUGCAUCAUGGGUCUCAUGUUGAUGGGCUACCGACUCAUCGCAUAUGUCGCACUGCAUCGGGUGCUGAGGUGAUGAAAAGCGGUUAUUUUAGCAGAAGACCGCAGAAAGACAGAAUCUGCAGAGUUUUUUCGUCUUUUUUCACCCGAGGAAUAAUGUUCGACUAAAAAAGGGGGCGGGGCAAUCAUGUUCAGAAAUUUUGGUUCACUUUUCAUUGGAUGUAUCAGCAACCAACCCUUUUUUGUUAUAAUUAUAGAUUAGACAAGAAGUAGCAAUUCUAAUCAUCAAUAAAACCAUGAAGUCCAUCAUA